CGAGACAGGCCCCCUGCAAACAUGCGACUCCCUGCAAACAUACGCCCCAACUUGGCGCGCACAUGCAACUAGGUCUCGGACAAGAGACAGCACCGGACCACUGACACGUUGACAUGACUUAUUACCUAGGUAGCUAUCGGGCCUAGCUCGUUGGGCGCAGAAUGGUGACGUAUCGUUGGGAUUAAAGCCCUUCACGACGUGCUUCUCGGCCUCGGCAUUGGUACACCUCCGACGUCCGCCCCAGCACUGUGCGGCCUGGGACGGCCGAUUCACCGACCGACCAGCAAGCAUAAUGGGUACCACAGAUGUUUUAUGGUGUUCAUAAAUGUUUCAAACUGCCCCGUAGUAUGAGCAGAUCGAUUUAGACAACAGUGGUGCCUUAUAUCAACAGAAUACGACAAACUACCGGUACCUAGAGAUCAGCCAAGUCCCAGAUCGUUCCUACAGCUGCCAUUCACCAUGACACAGCUGAAAGUUCUCAUUGUCGGCGGCGGAAUCACUGGCCCCGCUCUCGCCCAUUGGCUCUCAAAGCUUGACUGCGAUAUCACUAUCGUAGAGCGAGCGCCAGAUCUGCGUGCUUCGGGUCAGCAGAUAGACCUCCGAGGCGAGGGCGUGACCGUUAUGCGUAUGAUGGGUAUCGAGUCGGCUGUCAGAGCCAAGGUCGUCCAAGAGGAUGGCAGCGAGUUCGUGGAUAAGAAUGGCCGCAGGUUGGCCUACUUUGGAGCCAACAAGACAGGCCAGGGAAAACAGAGCCUGACAUCUGAGUUUGAAAUCAUGAGAGGCGACCUCGUACGCAUCCUAUACGACCUGACCAAGGACAAGUCUACGUACAUAUUUGGAAAUUCGGUCGAAGAAAUUGAGCAGACCGGUGACGGGGUGCACGUCAAAUUCUCGGACGGUAGGGAAGACCACUUCGACUUGGUGGUUGGCGCGGACGGGCAGAGCUCCAGGACGCGGAGAAAAGCAUGGGGCCCUGGUGCGAAGGAUCCUUUCAACUUUCUGCAGCUCUAUCUCGCCUACUUUACCGUACCUAAAGGCAAGCAGGAUACCAUGGUUGCGAAGAUUUACAACAUACCCGGUCGCCGCGUCAUAGCCACUAGAGUCGACAACCCGAGGACUAUGCAAGUCUAUCUCGGGUAUCUUGAAAAGGGCGGUCAUGCGAUGGAGGAUGCGCUAAAGAGCGGCGAUGUGAAGAAGCAGAAGCAGCUUUGGGCAGACAUGUACAAGGAUGCCGGUUGGGAAGCCCCGAGGCUAAUAGAUGGCAUGCUUCACUCGCCUGAGGCGAACGACUUCUACUUCCAAAAGAUUGGCCAAGUCAAGAUGGACAAAUGGUCUCGAGGUCGAGUUGUCCUUGUCGGUGACGCGGGCUAUACACCUUCCCCCCUGACGGGAAAAGGCACCUCUCUUGGCCUCAUCGGCGCCUAUGUCCUCGGAGGCGAGCUUGCCAGGCACCUUGAGAGUUGCAAAGAUGUUGGACAAGCAGUCGACGCGGCUCUCGAAUCCUAUGAGACAGUUCUUCGACCGUGCGUCGACAAGGCGCAGGAAUUGUUCAGAGGCGUCCCCGCCAUCGCGUAUCCCGAAACAGAAUGGGGGGUCUGGUUUCUUCAGCUUGUGGUGAAACUUGUCAGCAUGUUACGUAUCGACAAGCUCAUCGAGCGCUUCUCGUCUGACAACUUCGCCGGAGAUUGGAAGCUUCCAGAUUAUCCUGAAUUGCAGCAUUAACUUGGAAGAGUCCAAUAUGGUGUCUCUAGAUGAUUGAUAGCCGAGAGUCAUUCGAGACGAGAGCUACGAUCAUCGACAUCGAGAGAAGGGACCAGGCAUAUGCAUUUGUAUUUUUAAUAACCUUACUUUCCACUUAACCAGUCACUUAUUAAUCCAAUUCUCCUUUAUAAAUG